AUGUUAAUAUUUUAUUAUAUUAUUUUAAAUUUUUUAUUUAAUAAAUUUAUUAUUUGUAAUAAAUUAAUAAAUGAUAUUCCAAUCUGCGGUGAAGGAUAUUCUGGAUUAUUGGAGUAUAAAUUUAAUAACGACGAUGACUCUUUAAUUACCAUCGCUUCAUAUCUUUCCAAAAAUACUCUCAACCUCUACACAGGAAAUGUGGUAUAUAAGAGGAUAGAUUUGAGUUCGUGUGUGUUACCGGUGGAAACUGUCAAUAACAAGUGUUUCUCCAUACGGUCACACAAUAACUUACCCAAUACUCUUUGUACAACUAAUCUGAUGGAUCGGAACAGGUGGAUCAACGCCAUAAACUCAAACAUCCUAUGCCAACUAACCUCCACAAGAUCCCGCUUACCGCUGCUUGGUGGGAAUGAAUUAUUCGAGUCCUCAGAUGAACAAGAACACGGAAUCAAUCUCUUCAUCCAUGAUGGAAUGAAUGGCCGGCCUGAGAUUUACAUAAAUGGCAAAACCACCAAAGAGUUACAAGAACUUCGUGAAAAGGAAUCUGUCAACCUUACGUCUAAUCCCAUCCAAGAUUUGAGUAAUUUGUUUGUGAAUGUGGAAAACGAGGAUACGGCGGACUCACCAAACCUAAUUGAUAACGAUGCUAUGAAUGAGGCUAGAAUUGAAUCUGGUCUUAACGCUUCAAUACCACAUCACGGCUACUAUCAUUACCAACACAUCUAAUCACCCCAUUAUUUCAUUAUUUGCAA